GUCACUCCUCGGAGCGGCUCUGGGUGGCUCUGAGGUCCCCCCUUUCCCACGGUGGUGACAGUGGCCGGGUUUGGCAGUGCCAUGGGGCCGCUGUGGCUCGGCCUCCUCAUCAUCACCGCGCUCUUCGGCCCCACGGCCCCACAAGACCUGGGCAGCUCGGUGUUCGUGUUCCCCCGAGAGUCCCAAAGCGCCCACGUGCAGGUGACAGCAAAGCUGGAGAAGCCCCUGAACAACUUCACCGUGUGCCUCAAGUCCUACACCGACCUCAGCCGGCCCUACAGCCUCUUCUCCUACGCCACCAAAAAACAGAGCAACGAGAUCCUGCUCUUCAAGCCCAAACCUGGCCAGUACGACUUCAACGUGGGCAACCAGUUCUUGUCCUUCAGGGUGCCUGAAAACCUCGGGGAGGUCGAGCACGUCUGCAUCAGCUGGGAAUCCUCCACGGGCAUCGUGAGCUUCUGGCUCAACGGGAAGCCCUGGCCCAGGAAGGGGCUGCAGAAAGGAUACACGGUGGGAGUGCCAGCAUCCAUCGUGCUGGGGCAGGACCAGGACAGCUUUGGGGGUGGUUUUGAUGCCAAGCAGUCCUUGGUGGGGGAGAUUUCAUCCGUGUACAUGUGGGACGUGGGCAUCUCCACCGCGGAGGUGGUGUCAGCCCUGUAUGACACACCUGGCCAAACCCCCCUUUUUGGCUGGAACAAUUUCCCCUACAAGAUCGUGGGAGAGGUGUACCUGAAGCCCUGAGGUUGUGGGGGGGUGUCCCCAAUCCCUGCUGUGUAACCCCCUCCCCAAAAGCCACCCAACAUUGCAUAAAUGGAGAAAUGUG